CCACGUGAUACCGGAAGUGGGCGUGGCUAGGAGGAACUUCCGGUAACCCCUCCGCGGCUGAUAGCCGCGGCGGACCUGCCGGUACCGACCCAGCAGAGGAGACGAAGCGGCCGGAGGAGAAGGACGCGGCCGGUUCGCCCCUCCUCUCCUCAGCCCAGCUCCUCCUCCCGGUUCAAGAUGAACUAUAUGCCGGGUACCGCCAGCCUCAUCGAGGAUAUUGACACUAAUUUAGUGUUACACCAGACUGUGGAACGUAUUCAUGUGGGCAAAAAAUAUGGCGAUAUUCCUCGAGGGAUUUUUGUUGUCCGAGGAGAAAAUGUGGUCCUCCUUGGAGAAAUAGAUCUGGAGAAGGAAAGUGAUACUCCCCUUCAGCAAGUGUCUAUUGAGGAAAUCCUAGAAGAACAAAGAGUGGAACAACAGACUAAGCAGGAAGCAGAAAAACUGAAAGUCCAAGCUCUCAAGGAAAGGGGCCUCUCUAUUCCCCGUGCAGAUACUCUGGAUGAGUACUAGAUGUUCUACUCUGAAACUUGCUCUCCUAGCAGCAGAAUUUGUCACUGGAGUUUUAGUGACACAAUGGUUACUCUUUACAUUGAACUGAAGACUAUAGAGUUUUGGAAAAUGGUUUUAUUUUGGAUUCAGUUUCACAAUUAUGCCAUGAAGAAAUCAUGUGGCCUUAAUUUUUUCUUAACAGAAUCACUGUAUAAAGGAGAAUGGAAAUUUUCACACAUGGCUGUGGAGCCAACAGAUUACUUCUACUAGCCUUUAUAGAGGAACUUAUUCACUUGUAAAUAAAAUAUGAAUCUCAAAACCAACUUAUUCCCCACAUCGAAGCCACAUCUGUAUCUCCAGGUAUUGGAUUAAGGAGCAGCUUAUCACAAAAACAAUAAGUAUUACUGUUGAGGUUGGGAAGGGGAACCCUCAAAAGUUUGGGGUCAUAAACUGGUGUCCGUGAAGUAUCUCAAAAAAAUUUGCAGGCUUGAAUCUAUCCCUCCUACUCAAGGGGCAAAGUUUAUUAUAAUUGUAAUACCAUCACAAAGCAAGCUAAAUUUCCAAAAGAAAUUAGCAAAGAAACAGAAGCAAAGAGACACGAUUAUCCAAUGUUCUAUCAUUGACAUGUUAAUUCUAUAACUUAUAAAUAGAACUGAGGAAUGGUCUCUGGAAUUUGGUUAUCACUGACCAACAGAUUAUUUAUCUGACUGUCAGCAAUGAACUGAGUAGGUCUUAUUUACUAUUGUAUCAAGAUGUUUGAUUUGUGGGACUAUUCUGAGGCCAGAAGUUAUCUGAUUGAGGAGUGGUCUAUUCAGAAUCAGACAGAUUGGGCAUGGGAAUUUCUUGAGGCAGACUCCAAAGCCAGAAGAUUUAGGAUUACUGAUUUAACAGAAAUCCCCCUAAAAUCAGAGUACCACAAAAUCAUAUUACAUCAUUACUACAGUGAGAAAUAGCUGUAUUAGACCUGGAAGGGGCAAAAAUAAAAGUCCAUUUUACUGUGCAACUGCAGCAAUGGGUGUCCUAUAGAAUAGGCACACUUAGAAUCAAACAUAAUUUUUUAUACUUUGUCAUCUAAAACAAGAUCCCUGAUUCCCCAUUGACUGAGUGAUACAGAAAUUACAAUCUGUCCAAAGCACCUAAUUCCCCUACAGAGUUCUCUACCCCAUCACAUCUUCCUUACACUUGUGACCCCACAUAUUUGUUUACCUAACUACUCCUCUUGACAUUCACCUCAUUUGGACAUAAUUGAGCUCCUCCCCUGGUUCCCCUUUGGCUGGAUAUCAGAGGUUAUAGUCUAUCUGGAGAGCCUAAUUUCCCCAGAUGAUUUUCCUCCUUGAUUACAUGUUCCCUCCACUUGAGUGUGAGUUCUUAUCCCUGAUUACAUCUCAUUGUUUCUUACUCUAUUUUACGGUUUCUCUCCAUAAGUUUUGUUUGCCUUUGUCAACCAAACUUUAGAGUCUUAUUUCUUCGGUUGCAAUUUCUUAUUUAGAUUACAUUUCUCAAGUUUUGUAACUAUGUGGAAAUUAAACCCUCAUCCAAUUCUAACAAUAUUAAUCAUAUGUGGCUCACUUAAGGCAUAUUUCUGAGUCAUGUAUUAAGAGUUCCCCUUCUCAUUUUUGUUAUUGCUAAACAGUGAAAACUACCCAGCACAGCUGUAUUUUGAUUUGGAGGGGGGGAAACUUGAGUAAGGUGAGUUUUCCUAAAAACUUGUCACAAUAGACAUAGAUGUCACAAGUUCAAGCACGCACACAACUUCCAUGGCCCACUAUUUCUUCUAACAGUUUUCUCACUGGAUGAUGAAACAAUUAAUACUGUCCCUAUAUCAGCUGUUUCAACUUUUCUUUCUGUUAGGAACUAGCUACUGUCCUUCUACAGUGUGGGUUUUUUAAUUGCCAUCUUUUGAUUUUUCAUUAGCUUUCUUUCCCAAACUAUCCAGAAGCUUAAAAAGCUAGGGAAAGGAGACAGUUCUGUAAAGCCUCUGCCAAGUAUGACUUUUAACUUUCUCACCCAUAAUGUCUACCCUUGUAAAUAAGAGUGGGAGAUGCAUUUUUCUGAUAUUCUUGGAUCAAACAAUUUUAAAUGUGUGAUUUGGGGUUUCAGGUUUUAGUGCUUAAUUUGUAUAUUUUUUCUGGUUAUGCUUCAUACUGAAUUGGUUCAUAAAUUUUUUCUACAUGCUUCUCCCUAUUCUUCAUAUUUGUCAUUGCCUAGGGUUCAGAAUACUUUAUGUACCACAAUUAGCAAUUCCCCCUUGAUGGACACUCAUUUUUUCUUGACAAUUAUUACAAAAAGUGUUGCUGAAGUGGUAAAGUAGGCACUAGGAAUGGUUUUAGGAGAACAUAAUUAUAAAAGAUAAGAAAAAGACAACCAAAAAAAAAAAAAAAAGAAAAAAAAAAGAAAAAGACAACCUGAUGGCAGGCUAGCCCACAAUUAACCA